AUGGCCCCCAAACGCCAAUCUUCGCUCCAGUCUCAAACGAAGAAACCCAAACUGCCUCCUGCCCCAAGGCAGGCGGAUUCAUCGGCCUCUCCGGGCUUGCCGAAGGAAAAAGAACAACAAGAAGCAAUUGAACAUAUUGAUGAAGUACAAAAUGAAAUAGACAGACUUAAUGAACAAGCCAGUGAGGAGAUAUUGAAAGUAGAACAGAAAUAUAACAAACUCCGCCAACCAUUUUUUCAGAAGAGGUCAGAAUUGAUCGCCAAAAUCCCAAAUUUUUGGGUAACAACAUUUGUCAACCAUCCACAAGUGUCUGCACUGCUUGGGGAAGAAGAUGAAGAGGCGCUGCAUUAUUUGACCAGAGUUGAAGUGACAGAAUUUGAAGAUAUCAAAUCAGGUUACAGAAUAGAUUUUUAUUUUGAUGAAAAUCCUUACUUUGAAAAUAAAGUUCUCUCCAAAGAAUUUCAUCUGAAUGAGAGUGGUGAUCCAUCUUCAAAGUCCACUGAAAUCAAAUGGAAAUCUGGAAAGGAUUUGACGAAACGUUCAAGUCAAACGCAGAAUAAAGCCAGCAGGAAGAGGCAGCAUGAAGAACCAGAGAGCUUCUUUACCUGGUUUACUGACCAUUCUGAUGCAGGUGCAGAUGAAUUAGGAGAGGUCAUCAAAGAUGAUAUUUGGCCAAAUCCAUUGCAGUACUACUUGGUUCCUGAUAUGGAUGAUGAAGAAGGGGAAGGAGAAGAAGAUGAUGAUGAUGAUGAAGAAGAAGAAGGAUUGGAAGAUAUUGAUGAAGAAGGGGAUGAGGAUGAAGGUGAAGAGGAUGAAGAUGAUGAUGAAGGGGAGGAAGGAGAGGAGGAUGAAGGAGAAGAUGACUAAUUGAACACUGAUGGAUUCCAACCUUUUUUUUUUUUCCUUUGUUUGUUGUUGUUUUCUUUCUUUCCUUUUUUUUUUCCUUUUAA